AUGUAUCUGCGCUUCUCAGACAGAACGAAAUGCAAGAAGCUCCACUUAUCCACUGCGCUGGAGGACUGGGACAUGGCGGCGGAGAUGAAGCAGUGCACCACUAUUGACCAGUACUUUUUUGGUGCUGAAGAGAAGGUGGACCGCUACUCUUUAAAAAGACAAGCUAGCAUGGAGACGUCACCGUGCAGAUCUGAGGAAGGAUCUCCACAGGAAAGCACUUUUCAUCCUACCCUAUGGCUGGUUGUAGACCCGAAUGUUGUAAUCCCAUGCCCUGAGGUGUCUUCACCUCCUGAGCCUUGCAUAACCCCGUCCUGUAAAUCCUUCAAGCCAAAUGUCAAGACGCGGCCUAGUGUUGACUGUACAACCAUGGACGAUUCUGAUGAUGACGCUCUAACAUCCAGCAGUGAACUGUGUACAGAAGAUGACCACUGCUAUACCCCCAGCCCAUCCGCUCACCUCCGGAGAAUGAGCACCCAAGUCAAGUACAGGAAGGGUCAAAUACAAAAAACUGCGUAUGAAACCUGGCCUCGUCCUCCUAUCAAUUAUUGCAAUUUGAUAUCGCUGGCUCUACGCAACAGCGAGGACGGCAGCCUAAACGUACAACAAAUCUACAGUUUUGUCAGAGAGCAUUUCCCGUUCUUCCGCGUGGCUCCGGAUGGCUGGAAGAACACCGUCCGUCACAACCUCUGCUUUAGCAGCAGUUUUGAGAAGAGCGCGGGGUGGGUCUGUGCCGAUGGACACCGGCGUUCCUGUUUGUGGAAGCUAACCCGACAAGGAAGAAGGAAGUUCCGAGCGGAAAUGCAUUCCCUGUCUGAUGAGCUGCUGCACGUGUUGCGCAGGAGCAUGAACAAACCAGCACUGAUGGAAUUGAUGUUUGGGAUGUGA